AUGCGCGUGAGAGAUUGGUUUUGUGGGACGGACUACAUGCUAUACUACUUGAAAGCUUUCAUGUAUGCAGACAUCCAGCCAGAAGUUCACAGCUUCAAAAGCACGACAAAUGUCGAUUCAACAAAUGAAACAGAUAUGCGCCGAUACGUGCCUAUCCGUCCCAGUAUUCCCGACGAUACUGGCCCAUCAACAACCUCUCAUGACCAGCGAUUACUAGCAAAACGACGCCGUGUGGGCGUUACUGUAGCUUGUAAUGCCUGCCGUCGCAAGAAAAUUCGAUGCGAUGGACUACGUCCAGCUUGCACAAAUUGUCAGGACAAUGGCGGAGAAUGCACCUACAGAGACGACUCCGAGAUGUCGCAAGAGUCUCAGCUACUUUUGCUUGAAGUGAUCCGUCUCUUAAACUCCGUUCCAGACGAUGAAGCUGUCCAGAGAUUGCAAAGUCUCAAAAAAGAGAUUGAUGCCUCUGUCAUCAUGUCUGUUUUGAGAAAAGAUGGGGAUCCAAAGCAAGAGCCAGCAGACCUUCGCGUCUUUACUCCUCCACUAGGGGAUGCGUUCCAGAUUUUGGAGUUAUCCGCACAGAACCCCAACGCGUAUCCUCUUUUACCCGACUUAGACCUGGAGACUCUUCAGGAGGUAACAUAUCAACAACUCGUGCAACCAAAUUCCGGCAGACAAGCUCUUAUUGGUACAGCGCAGACCGAGGAGCAGAAUCAGAUUCAAAGCCCGCUGCCUCUUUGCGACUCUCGCCUCUCGUCUUUAGAUAUCACUAAAUGGACCAACGUGUCCAUCAGCAGCCACCUUGCUGCUCGUGCCAUAUCGUUAUACCUCGAAACAGACCACCCAUUAUUAGGCUUCUUUGAGCCCGAACUUUUUAUAUCCGAUCUGGUAGCUGGUAAAGACCGAUUUUGCUCUUCAUUUCUUGUAAACUCCCUGCUGUAUUGGGCCUGUCAAAUGAAUAGUGCACGAAUUCCCGACGAUGGCUCGCUGGCACUGCAACUUUGCGGCGAGGCGGAGAGGCUCUGGCGCAAAGAAGACAGGAAGGAGUCUAUACUUAACCUUGCAGCCCUGCAAUUCUUGAGUCUGGGCUACCUGGGACAAGGAAGAGACCACGCCGUUUUAUCAUAUCUCCGCGAAGCGUCUCGUAUGGCUGUUGAGAUGGGCCUAUUCGGCGUUGAAGAUGACCGUGCACAAGAGUAUAUUGCAACAUUAUCCGCUGACGAGAAGGAGGCGCACAUAUUUACGGCUUGGGGAUCGUUCAACUACGCAACUCACAUGUCUUUAUUCUACCGACAGCCGGGUUUGCCCUGCCCCGAGAGUCUACCAAGAUUACCAAUACCAGGGAGCAAGCACGAAAAGAGUGGCCAGAAGAGAAAGCGGUCCGAUUAUAUGGGCGGUGUAUUUCCUGAUACGUGUCGCUUUUGGUCCAUUUUGCACGAAGUUGCGUUGCUGUAUUCCAAAAACGGAGGCCCUCCUUCCGGUGACCAGAAGACCUUGCGCUUUGCGGAGUAUAAAUUUCGAGAACUGCUGGCCUGGAGCAACGGCCUAUCCGAAAGGUUUUCACGCGACGACAGCAAUCUACACUACGUGCAGGUCCUCUAUAUUUGGUUUCACGCCGCCAUCCUCGAUCUAUUCCGAACCACGAUAUCUGGUCCGUUGCGACACCACCGACUAAGGACGUUUACGAAUCCAGAGAGUUCCGCAGAGAAAGUCUGCGAAGCCUCCGUUAACCAGCUCAAGCAGCUUAUAGUGAACUAUAGGCUAAACUUUACUUCAUCGUCUUACACAAUUCUCUGGCAUAUUGCUUUGACAUACCUUGCAAACGCCGUCCUCUAUCAGCCGAAGAAAGAAGAUUGGUUCUUUUAUUUCCUGCUUUGCAUUUAUGGCUACGAGCGGCUCCAGCCGUGCUGGCGAGUAUCAAAGGCAAUAUCUACUGCGCUGCUAUCUUUAGCAUUAAGAAAGGGCGAUAUUUCAACCCAGACUGCACGACGAGUUUUAAACGACAUCGAGCACAAUGCAGGACCAGAUACCUUCCCGCAGGAUGAGAGCGUUCGAGCGACGUUUAUGGCCGAUCUGGACCUAGCGAGGUCGAACCCCAGGGAUGCGACGGUGGAGAAGUUAGCGGAGGAGUUCGCUCAGAAUAUUAUGUUGCAGGAAUAUACUAAUGUACUCGAUGGGGAUGAAGGCGAAGAUACCCCGGACAAUUAA